AGGUCUGUGCCUUCGGCUUGACCUUUCGGAGAUUACCUCUCAUACCUACCAACACACUAAUGCAUCCUACCUGCUACGGUUACGUCUGUGAGCAGCCGCGACACGAGGUAAGAGGGCUGAGGGGCCCCCCUUACCGCGCGGCGGCGGCAGGCGGCGGGCGGUGGCAUCGCCGCGCUUCCCCAGUACGCUUUCAACUUGACUGACGCGCAGUGCAUGCUACCUAACGUUGUUGUAACGUUCGUGAAUCAGAGUUCUUUCACGGAUUGCCUUUCGUCGGAAGGAUGGCGCAGGGAGGUUCGGUCAUCAGCCUCGGAGAACUCCUGCAGGUGCAAGCGGACUCCGAAAAGGAGGAUGAAGUUUUGGAGCGCCUUAAGCUCCUAGCACAGGAAAACCUUCCGGAGGGCUGGACAGAUUGGACAGCACGUCAUACCUCAAAAGAGGAUAUUGUUGGUAGCAGCGUGGACCCCCAGCUGCUCAAUAAACUAAGGUUUGCACUGCCUACGGUGGGGCUCGCGAAGGCGUUUAACCCCGAUGCGGACCAUUUGUCAGAGAAAUGCUAUCGAGAUAUUAAAGUGAAGAUGCUAGACUGGGAAUUUACUAGGGCACUUAUUAUAAGCCCACCAGCUGUAGCGAACAAAAUAAGGGGUUCAGCAGCGCAAGCAGAGCUCUUCAAUAGAGCGAUUGAGGUGAUGAAGCCGAGUUUGAUAUCCAGACCUGAGGCAGACAGACUACUGUCGGGCGGGGACUCCGAUUCAGAAAGAAGAGCACGCAAGAGGAGUUCUUCGUCGGGCAGUUUCCAGUCCAAAAGGUCAAGGGUGGACGAGUUGGAGCAGAAGAUGAAUAGCAUGUUUGCUGUUUUGGUAGAGAAAAUCGAGAACCUUAGAUCGGGAAGUCACUCGCAGCAGGACGACAUAUCUGAUGCGGAGGACUCAGACCAGGAGGUCUUCCCGCCUUCUCCUGAGUCGGGCUCAGACUCGGGUACAUGGAAGGCACCGGCAUUCGAUCCUGGCUUAGAGUUUGAGCAGGAGGGGGGCAUGGAUGUAUUAGACUUUCGACCCAUGGUAAAGGAAGCGGAGCCACCGGUGCCGGAGCCCUCAUCACAGGCAAGGCUGGAGGGAAUUGAGUGUCAAAGGUUCGGCUCCGAGAGCUGGAGUAGACUCCGUUAUAAGGAGGUGGAGAAGCGGCUUCAUGCAGCACCAGUGUUCAGCACCUUAAAGGUUAAUACCGAGCUAGGGGGCAUACUAAGCCACCCGUCGGCACUGGCUGCCAGGCAGGAUGGAAUGCUUGGAACGAUCGUCCAUGGACUCCUUCUCCAGCGACGGGUUUUGUCGGAGGAGCUUAAAACCCUGGCCAAGAAGCACCCGGAGGCAGCAGGGGACUUACGUAGUGUUUUAGCGGAUGGUUCACGUUUUAAAGUGGUGUCGGAUGAUUUGCUGCAGUUCACGUGUGGCCAUCGGGCUGAGACAAUUGAAAUGAGGCGAAAGGCGUUCAAGGCCAGAAACGAGAAUUUGUCUGCAGGCUUGCAGCAGAUACCACCGUCCGCGACACACCUAUUCGAGGAGAAGCGCCUGACAGACUUUGUGAAGGAUAACGGGGGUGUAAAGCAGGUUUUUCUGUCGCCCCAGCCGUUCAAGAGGCCCUUUCGGAAACCGGCCGCUUCUGCGGCACAAGCUACAUCCAAGCAACCAACUUGGCGCUCACGACCAACGGCACCUCCGAAAACCUCCCAAGUUCUGCCAAAGCGUGGCUCAGCACAUAGAACCGCCGCUGCUCGAAAGUAUAUCAGCCCAAAGAAGGGCUCUGACAAACGACGUCAGGAUAAGAGAUAUUGACAGAUUUCAGGGAGGGCAACUGAGGAGAUUUAUAGCAGAGUGGCAGAAG